AUGGGUGGAAUGCCUCGCGCUACCAAGGAGGCUUGGUUCGAGAAGCUCACCGAGCUGCUCGAGAAGUACCCUUCGAUCUUCAUUGUCAACAUUGACAACGUCUCGUCGCAGCAGAUGCACCAGAUCCGUCAGUCUCUGCGCGGUAAGGGAGUUGUUCUGAUGGGCAAGAACACGAUGGCUCGUCGAGCUCUGCGAAUGCUCAUCGGUGACCACCCCGAUUACGAGCGUCUGCUGCCUCACCUCAAGGGCAACAUCGGUUUCGUCUUCACCAGUGGCGAUCUUAAGGAUGUGCGGGAUCAGAUCCUGACCAACCGAGUGGCUGCGCCUGCUCGUGCCGGUGCCUAUGCUCCGGCUGACAUCUUUGUCAAGGCCGGUAACACGGGUAUGGAGCCGGGUAAGACGUCGUUCUUCCAGGCUCUUGGUGUUCCUACCAAGAUUGCUCGUGGUACCAUCGAGAUUGUUUCCGACGUCAAGGUUGUUGAUGCGGGUAACCGUGUGGGUACUUCCGAGGCAACGCUGUUGAACAUGCUCAACAUCUCGCCCUUCACGUACGGUAUGACGGUGGUGCAGAUCUACGACCAGGGUCAGUGCUUCGAGUCGUCGGUCCUCGACGUCUCCGAGGACGAGCUGGUCGACCGCUUCGUGCUGGGUAUCAAGCAGGUCGCCUGCAUCUCCCUUGCGCUCAACUACCCUACCAUCGCCAGCGUCAUGCACUCGCUCGUCAACGCCUACAAGAACCUCAUCGCCGUCUCGCUCGCCACCGACUACGAGUUCGAGGGCAGCAAGAAGGCCAAGGAGUACCUCGCCAACCCCGAGGCCUUCGCCGCCGCCGCCCCCGUCGCUGCCGCCGCCGACGCCGGUGCCGCCCCCGCCGCCGAGAAGGAGGAGGAGGAGGAGAAGGAGGAGUCCGACGACGACAUGGGCUUCGGUCUCUUCGACUAA